ACCGCCCCCGCCCCGCACCCUGCCUCUCCUUCACACUCGCUGCCUGCCUUGCUGCCGUCGGGAGAGUUGGCGAUGUGCUGAGAAGGGGCAGCUCCCAUCAGGUCUCUCUGCGCUUCGCCCUCCUCCUGCCCUGCCUCCCCCCGCCUUCCUGCAGCGGCGGACCCAGCGUGUUGUGUGAAGAAAUCCUUCAGCCAUGGAUGUCUUCAUGAAGGGACUUAACAAGGCAAAGGAAGGGGUUGUAGCAGCAGCAGAAAAAACCAAGCAGGGAGUGGCAGAAGCAGCAGGAAAGACGAAAGAGGGAGUCCUCUAUGUGGGAUCCAGGACCAAGGAAGGAGUUGUUCAUGGUGUCACAACAGUGGCUGAGAAGACCAAAGAGCAGGUAUCCAAUGUUGGGGGAGCUGUGGUGACAGGGGUGACAGCAGUGGCCCAGAAGACAGUGGAAGGAGCAGGGAAUAUCGCUGCAGCCACUGGCUUGGUGAAGAAGGAUCAGCUGGCUAAACAGAAUGAAGAAGGUUUCCUGCAGGAAGGAAUGGUGAAUAAUACUGAUAUUCCUGCGGAUCCUGAGAAUGAGGCUUAUGAAAUGCCUCCAGAGGAAGAGUAUCAAGAUUAUGAACCUGAAGCAUGAGAAAUCUUUUCUUCCUUUAUAUCUCCUGAAAUCUACUAACAAAGACGUCCCAUUCUGUACAAGUGCUGAGUUCCAAUGUGCCCAGUCGUAAAAUUUUUUUACAGUUUUUACAGUGUAUUUUGAAGUCUUCCAUCAGCAAUGAUUGGAGUAUCUGUGACUGCAUCCACCUUGUUUCAGCAUUUCCCUCCUGCUGAAAUGAAAGCUGGUUGGCAGGGUCAUUGUUGUGCUGUGGAUAUUGUGGCUUCACUUUUAAAAGUUAAAAACAAAACACUAAAUAAAAACACCUAAGUGUCUACUGCUUCUUUCUAACUCUGUACAUGUUUUGUUGAUAGGCUGUCAGUACUUUGAUAUUGUUUAUGAUACAAUUUUUAUUUGUUUCCUAUGACUAUUAUUUCUGUGCAGAAAAGACUUAUUGUGAAAGCUUUAUGUAAAUGUGUAUGUAUUAUAUAUAUAAAAAAGUAACUGAGCAUGAACUAUGCACCUAUAAAUAUUAACUGUUGAAAUUUUAUUGUUUUGUGAUGUGUUUUAUUAACUUGUGUCUGUAAAUAAUGGUGUUCAACUGAAGCAAAUAAAAUGUAACCUGUUAAAAAUGAA